AUGAGGCAGCUUGGCUCGGGCCAGUCUAUUGUCUUCUGUAUUCCAUACGAUAUCAAGGCACGAAUCCAUGACUCACGAGGGACACAUGAGCAUUCGGAAAUUGGCGUUCCUGACAUCUUGCGAUGGGCCAUAUUCGAAACAUGGAACGACAUCAAACGGAGUAUGCCUCUCUGGGCCGUCCAAGGCCGCCGCUUCACCAACCAGCGAUCGAAAUGGCAAAAUUACCAGCGCUCAGAACAAGACUGCUUGACUUCUACUCAGGCAAAGUCCUUCUUGGAACCAGAAUGCCUCAGCCUUCAGCAGAGAUAUAAACCACAUAAUACAGGUCAGCCGGCCCCCCUGGCAAGCGCUCAACGUGAAGCGCCUGAUGCCAUCGAAACACGCUGUGCCGAGGUCGAAGGCCAAGAAAGCUGCUCCCCGUCUCUCCAUGAGGAGCAGGAGCGGGAGCUUGCUCCGGAGAUCCAAACUGAGCGUCAAAAACAUCGGCCCCCUCCAGCGGAGCCGGCGAUACAUCGGGUUCACUCGGAUUUGUGCUCAUUCAUAGAAACCGGGGUUCUGAAGUUACCCUCCGAAGCUUACGGACCUGCUUUUGCAUCCAUACAGGAUACAUCAGCUCCACUUUACGUAGACCUGCACCAGUUUGGUCCUGGGCUGAUGGUCACUACUGACUUUACAAAGACCAUCAAAGUCCCUCGGAGAGGUUCAUCUGUCAUGGACGCCUACCAAAGGCCAGUGCGGUUUAUUCUUACGGCCGCUCCUUCCAAAGAGCGCGAUACAACCGAUGAAGAGGAUGGCAUUUUAAUCAUUAGCCCCCACGAGGCCAAUAUGUUGAUGCCACAUAUUACAAAAUCAACGGCUGUCACAAUUCAUCUGUACAGCCCUCGGCAGAACGAGGAACAUGGGCCUUUGGAUGGGCUUAUGCUGUUCAAUAGGUCCCGGGUCCGAGAGACACGCCGUCUUUCUCCGAAUAUUCGCCUGCAACUGAAUCUGUUCGCGGGACAGCUCUAUCUCGCCUCCUACCAAGAAUACCAAGAUCUUUGUUGUUUCCUGGGAGUAGCAUCGGUUCCAACGCCCGCGGGAUUGGCCGUGGCUGCAGACGGUUUCAUCCGGGACAAUGCAAAUGGGACAUUCCGCGAGAGCCCGCUGAGUUUCCUAAAAUUUUGGCUGUGCCAAGUAAGAAGAGAUUGCCGAGAUAUCAGAAGGACCCAUUUGGGAAAGAUUGCGAAUGGCCAGGUGUUGUCCCCUUCGGACUUGCAGGCAUCGGCUGUACAUUGCGCAGAGCAAAGUAUGCAGGCACUGUACCUCCUGUCCAACUAG